AUGGUACUUGAAACGCACACGACGACCAGUGACGAGCAGUCGGCCAGCACCGUCACCCCGGUGGCGACGGCGGCCGAGGCCGUGGAUCACAAGCAUAAUGGAACCGAGGCUAAUGGAGAAGAAGAACCACAAACAGUGACACUGGAAGCGGAACAUGCGGCGAGCCCCCAGAAGCAAGCUCAGGAGCCGAGCCCUGCCCAAGACAAUCCCACCGCCCAGAAUGGCAUCACUCCAGAGCUACCGAAGUUCCUGUACACCGCCAUGGCGCAGGUGGCCCAGGAGCAAGGUUUCGGCGAGGGCAAGUAUGCGCUCGAGUUCGACGUCGGCUCAAACAAGGGCGACGGGUUCGUGGGCCAAAUGUUCAAGGCGAUCCUCACCGAGGGCGACCGGCGGGAGGUGUAUUUGUGCAAGAUUCCACCCCUGAACGAGGCCCGCCGCCAGCAGUUCCCGGUGUUGUUGAUCUUCGCCCGUGAAACCCUCGCCUACAGCAAGCUGCAUCCGCUGAUGUUUGCGUACCAGCGGGAGAAGGGUGUGCGCGAGGAGGACGGGUUCUUCAACGUACCAAAGGCGUACCACACCUACUGCAACGUCGAGGCCGACGAGUCGGUCAUCGUGAUGGAAGAUCUGCGACUCCAGGACUACCGGAUGUGGGACAAAAUGAAGCCGGUCAACUACGAGCACGCUCGGUUGAUGAUGGAGCAGCUCGGGCGGCUCCACGCGGUCUCGCUGGCGAUGAAACGCGACCAGCCGGCGGUGUUCGAGCAGUUCAAGGUGCCCGAUCCGAUGUCGGAAAUGAUGCCCGAGGGCAGCCCGUUCGAUGCGAUGAUGCGGAAGGUGAUCCAGGACGCUAUCGGAACGCUGGAGCCGACCGAUACGAAGGAGCUCGCCAAGAUGCAGCUCCUGCUGCAGAACUUCCGCAAGACGCUGGAGCGCUGCUCGAACGGUGCCCUGGCGGAACCGCACACGGUGCUCGGGCAUGGCGACUGUUGGGUCAACAACAUGAUGUACCACUACAAGAACGGCGUGCCGGAGAGGAUCAUUCUGCUCGAUUGGCAGCUGACGCGCUACGUGACGCCAGUGCUGGAUCUGACGUACUUCAUCUUCUGCUGCACCGACGGCGAGUUCCGGAAGCGGCACUACGACGAGAUGAUGAGCAUCUACUACAACUCGCUGGAAGCGUUGCUCGAGAAGCUUGGCCACGUCCCGCAGUCGGUGUUUCCACGAACCGCGUUCAUGCGCCAGCUGCGCACCUUCGGCCGCUUCGGUGUCCUGAUGGCCGUAUUCCUCGUGCCCAUGCUGUGCACCCGCAACGAGGAUCUGGUCGAUAUGGACGAGGCUGCCGAAAAGUUUCGCGACACAAAGGAAAUGGAUAUGAGCAUGUUUUCCAAGAACGACAACAACCGGAGCGCCUACACCACCCGUAUGCGGGCGGUCAUAAAGGACAGCGUGCGGUACGGGUACCUGUAACCGGGUUGGCCCGUUGGUCCGUGUGCAGGCCUGCUGCGUAAAGGGGAGGAUUAUGCGUAUCGCAUGUUUGUGUAACCGUUCAUUGGACGCAUACCGCAUCGUUUCCGGCCCGUGCCGCGCCGCCAUCUCCGUUAUCUUCGAACAGCGCGCACCGGUGGUAAAAUGGGCCAUUUUCGAUUCGUUUUACAGUUUUUGACAUAUAUAGCAGAUAAGGCUCGAUAAGCGCGCGCUCUGCGAUCGUCCGUCCUGCGUGUGGACGAGAGAGUAUCUUGUGAGAGCUGAAUGACGUGGGAAUGAACU